AUUAGGUCCAUGCUCUUUUUACUUCUUAUCGGAUCCCACCUAUGACCCACAUAAAACCAUCUUUCUUCAACUCCUUCACCAAAACUUUUCUUUUCUUUUCACCAUCCACAGAAUGCGAGGAACAUUAGUAUUCUCGGGCACGUCUUGCCCAGCUCUCACGGGUAAAAUAUGUGAGAACCUGGGCAUGGCUCCGGCUGAGGCCGACCUGUCUCAAUUUUCAAAUGGCGAAACAAGCGUCCGAAUUCUGACCAGUGUCCGAGACAAGGAUGUCUUCGUUGUGCAAUCUGGAAGCCCUACAAUCAAUGACACCAUCAUGGAAUUACUCAUCAUGAUCUCCGCCUUCAAGGGUGGCUCUGCGAACAAGAUCACUGCCGUCCUCCCGUACUUCCCCUACAGCCGCCAGUCCAAGAAGAAAUCACACCGGGGAGCCAUCACCGCUCGGAUGCUAGCAAAUUUGCUUCACGUAGCUGGUGUCAAGCAUGUUAUCACCGUCGACUUACACGCCUCUCAAAUGCAAGGGUUCUUCAAGUGCCCUGUUGACAACCUACAUGCCGAGCCCCUUAUUGCACGCUGGAUUCGAUUGAAUAUUCCUAAUUGGAAGGAAGCUGUCGUCGUAUCUAAGAAUGCUGGUGGCACGAAGAGGGUAACCUCGUUGGCCGAUGCGUUGAAACUCAACUUCGGAUUGGUUACUACGGACCGUAAACGCGCUCCCAAUAUGUCGGCGAGUAUGAUUAUGAACCGGCUGGAUGGAUGGGACAACCCCCCUGGCUACAUCAAUGGCGUCCAGCGUUCAAGAGCUAUCUCGGAAGAUAGGGACUCGGAUGGUAACUGCUCAGUAAGGUCAUCGCGAGUUACUGGCGAAUCCCAAGGUUCUCCUAAACGUGCAGCUGCGCCUCCGCUGCGGACUAAUAGUCUAACGCGGUCGCCUUAUACACGUGCAUAUACGCCUUCUCAAACGUCUCCUAUUGAGGAGUUGAAAGAUGAAGAAGAGAACGUUGAUGAAGUCCAGCUCUACAACGACCAACGUGCCCUAGAGGUGACUCAUGGAAGACUGGUACAAGGUCACGUUGUAGCAGAUGACUUCCAGUCGCCGCCCCAGUCAGAUGGCAGUGCAGAUGGGAGCCAAUCUUAUCAAGGCGGCGACGAUGAUCCUAUGACCAUGUCUCAUGCUUCUUCUUUCUUCGCGCCUGAACCACAUGCACUCGGCGGCUCGGGUGACGUCGGAGCGUCAUCUGACGAGGAGGAAGAGAAACUCCGAGAUCCCAAGAUCGAGCAUAUGAUCACACUGGUCGGCAAUGUUAAGGACCGUCCAGUCCUGAUUGUGGACGACAUGAUUGACAAAGCCGGUUCGUGGAUUGCUGCGGCUGAGACAGUCGUUAAGCGAGGCAAAGCAAAGAAGGUAUAUUGCAUGGCUACUCAUGGAGUGUUUGGAGCAGACUGUCUCGAGCAGCUGCAAGCCUGCGACUGUAUCGAUCAGAUCAUCGUAACCAACAGUUUUCCGAUAUCGGACCGGAGAGCUAAAAACUCAAGUAAGUUGGUUAUUCUUGACCUUUCCUAUCUGUUGUCCGAAGCUAUUCGAAGAAACCACUACGGCGAAUCCAUCUCGCCUCUGUUCCAGCAUAUGGCCGAUUAGAUAACCUGGAAUGUUACGAGUGUUAUGAAUUAGGCUGCAAUAUGCUCGCAGUAGUGUACUAUUCAUAAAAAGGUUGAUAGGUGAGGCUGCGGGUUAUUCGGUAUGGCGUCUGGUUGGAGGCGAAACAAGGUUCUAUUACGGCUUCUAGGAAUCACGGCUAGCGUUAUGCGAUUAAAUCAGAUACCACAUUAAGAUUGUCACGACAGGUAUGUUGUUCGAUGGAGUCUCGCGUGCGCCAAAAUUAUGCUCUCUGAAUUGUUUCCCCUUUGCACAAUCCCCAGCGGUGCUAUCCUCGGAUAGCCAGGGCUUAACGUCCCUCUAGGACAAGCCUCUGAACGGAACGUUGGUAGAUCAAGCUGUCCCUUUUGGGACUUAACGAUUCUAGAAGGCCGGUCACUCAGAUAUUUUUUAUCAUGUCCGUUUCGAUGGAUAGUGGGUGUUUGGCAAGAGAAAUUUUCGGACAUGUCAGAAUAUUUUAUCUAGGUUAGGGUAGGUUAGGUGUAUUACCAACUACCUAUUCUCAAUAUAAUUGUCAUUAUGCAACAUA